UAAUUCUAAUUCUAAUUCUAUUUUAUCCAUGGUUCCAUAUUUUCAUAUAUAUGAGUGCCUCUUCGCUUUGUUUUUUCUGUGUCUUCUCCUCCUUUCUUUCCAACUCUAAAUUUUCCGUUUCAAUUCCAUAGCCGUGAAAUUGAAUUUAACACAAUGCAGAGCUCACUGUAGACAGCAUUCAACUCCCUGUUUAAGAGCCCUUCAAAGACAAAAUAAUGGAAGCUGUGAAGCCCUUGACGAGGAGGUUAGUUUCACAUGUCAUUUUGGAUUUGGAUGGUACACUUCUGAACACAGAUGGCAUUGUGGAUGAUAUCUUGAAAGUGUAUUUGGUUAAGUAUGGUAAGCGAUGGGAUGGAAGAGGGGCACAAAAGAGAAUUGGGACAACACCUUUAGAAGCUGCAAAGGCCAUUGUUGAGGAUUAUGAACUCCCCUGCACAACGGAAGAAUUUAACGCUGAAGUUACACCGUUGUUUUCUGACCAGUGGUCUAAGAUCAAAGCUCAACCGGGUGCUGAUCGACUCAUAAAACAUUUGCGUAGCAAUGGCAUAAAGAUUGCAUUGGCUUCAAAUUCCCCAAGGGAAAAUAUAGAGGAGAAGAUCUCUUAUCACGAUGGUUGGAAACAAUCUUUUUCUGUAAUUAUUGGUGGUAAUGAAGUAAGAGAAGGGAAACCAUCUCCUGAAAUAUUUCUCAGAGCAGCGGAGAAGUUGAAUGCUGAAGCCUCAAAUUGCCUGGUCAUAGAAGACUCCCUGCCCGGUGUCACCGCCGGAAAAGCUGCAGGGAUGGAAGUUGUUGCUGUUCCAUCUCUUCCAAAACAGGCCAAUCUUUUCACUGCAGCUGAUGAGGUGAUCAAUUCUUUACUUGACCUGCGACCUGAGAAAUGGGGUCUCCCACCUUUCCAAGAUUGGGCAGAAGAUACUUUACCUGUUGAGCCUUGGUAUGUUGGAGGCCCUGUUAUUAAGGGGUACGGCCGUGGCUCAAAAGUGCUUGGGAUACCGACAGCCAAUCUCUCGCCAGAAUCCUUCUCAAGCAUCCUGUCACAGGUGGCAUGUGGAGUAUAUUUUGGGUGGGCUGGAUUAUCUACACGUGGUAUCUAUAAGAUGGUCAUGAGCAUUGGAUGGAACCCAUAUUUUGAUAACAGUGAGAAGACAAUUGAGCCAUGGCUGCUUCAUGACUUUGAUGGUGAUUUCUAUGGCGAGGAGCUCCGUCUUGUGAUUGUUGGCUAUAUACGACCAGAGGCAAAUUUCCCUUCGUUAGAAUCCUUGAUCGAGAGGAUCCAUGAGGAUGGGAGGAUUGCUGAGAAAACGCUUGAUCUUCCCAUCUAUGCGGAGUAUAAGAAUUCCCCAUAUCUUAAAUUUGCUGCUGGUGCACAGCAAAAAUAACAAGUGACAGUAAUAGUAAACAGGAUAUUGCUCAAUCUUUGUUGAGGUGUAGAAGCUGGAAAAGGCUCGAGUCGUGGUUGCUUGUGGCAUUCUUUCUAAUCUUGUUACUCUUAAGAGGGUAACAAAGCCAAAUUGCAUAUCUCAUUUAAAAGGAAAGGCUAAAUUUGCCUUAAGGUUGGUCAGGUUAUCUAAGAUCCUAUGAAUCAUAUAAAGAUGAAACUCCUGCAGUUGGAAUCAUCAGAAUUAAAUUAUAUUGGAGAUGACAUGAGGCAUUUUGUACUACUGAUACAUUUGUAGAUCCAAUUCAAAGCAGGCUGAUUUGAGGAUCGAGUAUUUUCCAUUUUUAGUUUUUUCAGUUAAUGUUUUUAUUUCUUGGCCAUGAUAAUCUUUGUGAGUUCUUUUAGAGCAGGAUAACUUACUAUUUUGCUUAAUGAAUAAUUAUGCUCUAGUUAAA